GGCCAUCAUUUUUAACCCCCCUUCUUCAGUACCAAUUCCCCUUCACAGUUCACACACCGACAGUCGAAGCAAACUCUCGCAAUCGCUAACGACAAUGGCAACUCUCACGCCGGGAAUCCUCCUGAAGCUCCUACAGACAAUGAACUCCACCACCAGAGUCACCGGCGACCACCGCUCCCCGCUCCUCCAAGUCAUCGGCAUAGUCCCGGCCCUCGCCGGCGCCACAGACCUCUGGCCCAACCACGGCUUCUACGUCCAGCUCUCCGACUCCCUCAACUCCACCUACGUCUCCCUCUCCGACCGCGACACCGACCUCAUCCUCUCCAACCGCCUCCAGCUCGGCCAGUUCGUCUACGUCGACCGCUUCGACCCCGACUCCCCUGUUCCUAGGGUUUGCGGCAUCCGCCCAAUCGCCGGCCGCCACCCCUUCGUCGGCGCCCCCGAGCCGCUCAUCGCUCGUAUCUCGUCGUCUUCGAGGAAGGAAUUCGUGAUCCAGCCUGUCGAAUCGUCCUCCGAUUCCUCAAUCGACUCGAUCGCGCCGUAUUUGUCCAACAUAAAUUCAGACGAUUCGGCGAAGAACAACGACAAGUUCGAGGAGAAGAGUGUUAGGAAAGCAGUGAGAACGCCUCUCGCGCCGCGAGACAAUGUGCAAGCUGGAAAUUCGGAGGAGAAGACGAAGGAGAGAGCUCUGCCGCCACAGAGAUUCUCUUCCCCUGCUGGAGCGAGGAGAUCUGCUUCUACCGGAAGAAAGAAUGUUUCUGCGGCAGUGGAGAGAGAUCCGUCCCCGGCUGGGAAACCGGUGAAAAGAUCUUCCUCUCCCGCUCCAUCGAAAUGCGUGGUGCCCAGUUUGGCGGCGGCGAGGGAGGAGAACAGGAGAGUGGCGAGGGAGCCGGCGAUUAUAGUUCCGUCGAGGUACCGACAGCCGUCGCCGAAUGGGCGGAGGCAGGCGUCGCCGAAUCCGAGGAGAGCUUCGCUGUCUCCGGGGAGGAGGCUCUCCGGAGUCAAAGAUUCCGCCGGGAAGAAGAAGAUUGCGGCGAUUGUCGCCGGAAUUUCCAGAGUCUCCGAAGCUCUCGUUGGAUCUGGUAAGAGCAGUAGAAAAUCAUGGGACGAAACUCCGCAGCCUCCCGCAGAGCUGAGAGAGAAGAAUGAGGUGAAGAAGAAGGUGGAUAGAAACUCAAUUCUCCGGACUCAGGCAGCCCUGUCUAGGCGUUUGAGCGAUGCUGGUCGCCAUUCCAAUCACGAUGAUGACGAUGAAGGUGAUGAUGAUUCUUCGAGUAUUGAGAAAGGAAAGCUGAAUUCUCCUGGGGGAUCCACUGAUAACGAGAAGCCAGGUGGUAGAGCAAUUGGGUUCACUGUACAUGAGAAGAAAUGGACUGAUGGAAGCGUUCCAUUUGAUUCAGUUUCAGCAGAACUUGCACUGCUUGGAAAGGAAGCCAUUCAAAGGAGGAUUCUGGCUUCUACAGCAGCAGCAGAAGCACUGGAAGAAGCCAUUGCCACGGAAUCCAUCGUCAGAAGCUUAAGCAUAUUCGCAGACCUUGCAUCAUCAUCCAAAUCCAAGCCCGGGAACCCCUUGCCAACAAUAGACCGGCUCUUCUCCCAAUACGACGAAGUACACAAGUACACUCAGACUGCUCAAUCCAUCGCCACCAGCCACUCUUCUUCUUCCGAUCACGAGGCCAUCCCACCACCAACAGAGCAUUCCAAAUCAGCUUCGUUGUGGGUCGAAGCCGCUUUAUCCACCGACCUCGAGAUUGUCUCCGUUCUGAACAGAAACAGCACCACAACUGCCACCACACAUCAUCAUCAUCAUCGUCAACCGUCCAAUUCUGCUCCCUUCCCGAGGAGUGGUUCGAAACGACAGUCCUUCAAGGGAAGCGCUUCUUCUUCGCCGUCUUCAUCAAUGUCGUCUCCAAACGACAGAGCUCGUGUUGCCGCGGAAAGAGGAGGCGCUUGGAGGAGAGGCUACGGGAUGAGUGAAACGGUGGAGUUGGGGAAGAAGGUGGAAGGGGAGAUGGAAUUUUGGUUCGUGAGGUUCGUGGAGGAAGCUUUGGAUGCCGGGUUCAUGGCGCUGGGUGGUGGAGAUGUUGUGCCGCUCGAGCCUGGCUCGAUUGCGGCCAUAUUGUCGCAGCUGAAGCGAGUGAAUGGUUGGCUGGAUAAGGUGUCGGGGAAAGGGGAGAAGGGCAUGAUUGAGAAGAUUGAGAAGGUGAAGAGGAAGAUAUAUGGGUUCGUUAUUCAGCAUGUUGGUAACGCUUUUUGAAAGGCUUUCUAAAAGGGAAACGUUUCUGAUGAAGAGCACACUGAAACGAAGAAAGCUAUCUUGGCUUCAGAAUUUUGCUGCUGCUCUCCUCUGCUCUGCUCUUAGGAGUCUUCUCACUUUUGGUUGGUUUGAAUUGAAACGUUUCUUUUCUCACUGUUGGUCAUUUCCCUACUAUUUAUCUUUUAUUGUCUUCACACUUUAAAUUGUAAUUAAAGUAGUGUUUGUUAUACUGUAUUAUGCCGGCGGUUCAUCGGCAAAAAUCUCUAUCGGUGUCCAAACUCCAAAGUAAUAUAUAAUUUCUCGGUAUGAAAUAAUUGAAUAAUGGUUAAACCACAAAUUAAUUUCAUAAUAAAAAAUAUCAUGUCAU